CCCGGCGGCCCGCGCGGCGCGGGCGCUUCCGGGGACGUGGCUGAGGGCAAUGGCGGGCACGGCGCCGGCCGGGGAGCCGGACGAGCUCUUCGACCUCCGCAACAACUUCUACAUCGGCGCCUACCAGGCCGCCAUCAAUGAGGCGCAGCGGGCUAAGCCGGGCAGCCCCGAGAAGGAGCUGGAGCGCGACGUGUUCCUGUUCCGCGCCUACCUGGCCCAGAGGAAGUUUGGGGUGGUGCUGGAGGAGAUCAGGCCCAGUGCCAGCCCCGAGCUGCAGGCUGUCAGGAUGUUUGCAGAGUUCCUGGCCAACGAGAGCCACAGGGACUCCAUCGUGGCAGAGCUGGACAAGAAGAUGGCCAAGAGUGUGGAUGUGGCCAACUGCACCUUCCUGCUGAUGGCAGCCUCCAUCUACCUGCACUCCCAGAACCCUGAGGCUGCCCUCAGGGCCCUGCACCAGGGGGAGAGCCUGGAGUGCUUGGCCAUGACCAUCCAGAUCCUGCUGAAACUCGACAGGCUCGACCUGGCCAGGAAGGAGCUGAAGAAAAUGCAGGAGCAGGAUGAGGAUGCAACCCUGACCCAGCUGGCCACAGCCUGGGUGAACCUGGCCUUGGGUGGGGACAAGCUGCAGGACGCGUUUUACACGUUCCAGGAGCUGGCAGAGCGCUGCUCCCCCUCGCUGCCCCUGCUCAAUGGCCAGGCCGCGGCUGCCAUGGGCCAGGGCCGCUGGGACGAGGCCGAGGGGCUGCUGCAGGAGGCCCUGGACAAGGACAGCAGCCACCCUGAGACGCUGCUGAACCUCGUGGUGCUGUCCCAGCACCUGGGCAAGGCCCCCGAGGUCACCAAUCGUUACCUGUCCCAGCUGAAAGAUGCUCACAAAAAUCAUCCCUUCAUCAAGGAGUACCAGGCCAAGGAGAACGACUUUGACCGCCUGGCCCUGCAGUAUGCACCCAGUGCCUGAGCUGGGGCACAAAAAUUUCCUCUGGGACACAAAAAAAUCAGCCUGGGACACAGAAAUUCCAUCUGGAACACAAAAAAUCUUCUCUGGGACACAAAAAAUUCCCUCUGGAACAUUAAAAAAUCACCCUGGGACACAGAAAAAUCACCCUGGGACAUAAAAAAAUAAUUCUAGAACCCAGAAAUUUCUUCUGGAACACAAAAAAUUUCCUCUGGAACCCAGAAAUUCUUUCUGGAACAUAAAAAAUUCCUUCUGGAACCCAAAAAAAUCACCCUGGGGCACAAAAAAAUCACCCUGGGACAUAAAAAAUUCCCUCUGGAACCCCAAAAAUUCCAUCUGGGACACAAAAAAAUCACUCUAGAACCCAGAAAUUCCAUCUGGAACACUAAAAAUCCUCCCUGGAACACAAAAAAUCUUCUCUGGGACACAGAAAAAUCACCCUGGGACACAGAAAUUCCAUCUGGAACCCCAAAAA